CUGGGAAAACGGCAUCGUGGAUAGUAAUUAGCGCUAGCCAUCUAUUUGCCGCGGGUCCUCACUCUCACCGCGGAGGACUGUUGUGUCCGCAAUAGCGUUCAGUGCGAACCCUCUCUGACGAGCAUUACGGAAGCUCAUCUGCUGCCAGGCGGUGGCUGUUCGUACCACUGGCAGCGCUUCUCACGCCGUCGCGCUCAUCUUGAGCGUUAUUAUCACUAGAGUCCUACUCCCUCCAGUGCAUGUUGCUCUGCUCUCGGUCGUUGCGUGAUCGUCAUGUCUGCCCUGUCGCCGAGAGGUUCCAUUUCGGGCACCUCUGAUGUUGCGGUUGACUUUGAAGACUCGUUACGAGAUUUAUCGCGGAACGACCGAUAUGAGAUUGGGAACCUCACGAGCAUAGCACGAGAGUAUACCGAGUAUGCGCAAGCAAUCUCGAGAGUGCUCGAAAACCACAUCAAAACAACCGCCCCGAACAAAAAGUUGCCCGCUUUGUACGUUCUUGACAGCAUCGUUAAGAAUGUCGGAACGCCGUAUACCGUAUACCUUGGCCGGAAUUUGUACAGCACGUUUAUGGAGGCGUACACUUUGGUGGAUGGCAUGACUCGACGGGCCAUGGACAGUCUGCUCAAGACUUGGAAGGAACCUGUUCCUGGUUCUAUGGAUCACCGACCCGUCUUUCCUCCGGAAAUCGUUCGUCCGAUCGAGAACGCGCUUAUCAAGGCGAAGACAGCAGCUUUGCAAAAUCAAAGACAAGUGCAGCAGCCGCCAUACAGAAGUACUCCAACUCCACCACAAUACAAUGGCCAGUAUGCAGUACCUCCGACACCCAAUCAACACGAACAGUAUCCGCAAUACGUUUACGGCAACAGCCAGGCGGCUCCACCACAACAACAGUGGCAGCCCGCAAUGCCUCCUCCGACACCACAACAGCAGCCGCCCUUCCUCUCAUUGAAUCCUGCGGCGCGGCCGAUGAUAGAUGUCAGCACCCUCAGAGCAGAUAUUAGUGCUCUCAUUUCGCGUUUGCAGAUGGCGUUCGCCGCCUCCCCGAGUGAUCAAGGCCUGAUCACCCAGCUUCAUGCGCUUUUGAAGUUGAAGCAAGUCGUGGAUUCUGGAGCCGUUCCAGAUGCCGCACUGCAAGAAGUCAGAACCAAGGUGACAGCACUGGCAGCCGUGGCCCCGGAUCCACGGCGUAGUCCGCAGCCGCCGGUACCUACGCCUCAGUGGCAAGCCACGCCAGCGAUGCAACAGCCAGCGCCAUACCAACCACCGGCUUCGGUGUCACAAGCUUAUCAAUACCCUGGGUCAGGCACCUUACCAUUCGCGCAACCUGCUGCAUCAAUGCUGAACCAUACAGCGCCGCCGCUUCUUGCGCCAAACGCACUCAACGGACUGCAAGCAUUGCUUGCAAACGGACAGAAGCCAAGCACACCGCAGAUGCGCACAGCCGUCCCUGCUCUGCAGAAUAUGCCCCAUACUCAGCUAAACAACGUUCAGAACAACAUCACGGCAGCGCCGACAAGCAACACAGCCGACCUGCUCGCCGCUCUAAGCAAAAGUGGCGUGCUAAGCAGCCUCCCUUCCACCACACCACAGACGGCUCCGGCACAGAACAGUACGCUACCACCACCAAAUACUAGUUCGACAACGUCUCUACUCGCAUCCCUACAAUCAAUCCUGCCGCCUUCGCAAAACAGCACGCCUACUACCCAUGCAGCGCAGCCCGCAGGAACACAAAGCAAGGCCGCAAUACCCAUAAGUAAUUCAGCACUAAAGACAUUUCGUCCUGAGCUUGUGCAGGCCCUUUAUGACAACCAGCCCAACCAGUGCUCAACUUGCGGUCGCCGCUUCCUGGCCACCGAAGAAGGCCGAGCGAAGAAGCAGCGGCACUUGGACUGGCACUUCCGUACGAACCAGCGCCUCGCAGACCCCAACGCCAGCCGAGGACAGCACCGCCAAUGGUUCCUAGACGAGGUGGAGUGGAUCAGCAUCCCAGAGUUUGACCCUAGCACGGCGUCAGCGGCGGAUACUACUGCGGCUGCCACGGUGCAGAAGAAGCGUGGAGCGCAGGACCAGUACAUCCGUGCUCCGGCUGGCAUUACUCGGUUGACCUGUACGGUGUGUCAGGAGGAGAUGAAAAGUAGCUACAGUGAGGAGCUGCAAGAUUGGGUGUUCACCAACGCCGUGUACUAUAAUGGAAAGCCUGCGCAUGCGACUUGCGUGGAGGAGAUGAAGAAGCCAUGGGGUGGUGGUGGAGGAGGCUCGCUGGCGGCUGCGCUGAGCAUGACUGGUCAGAGGCAAAGGAGUGCAACGCCAGAAAGCUCGCUGGGGAAACGGAAGGCGGAAGGCACACUGGCUGGUAACGGGGCACGGCUCAAGACAGGCUAGGGGUGUGGAGCAUGUACAACACAAUUCUUCUCAAUCAUAGCAUGGCGCAGACGUGCCGGCGUCACAGACGACAGCGGUUUAGCUUGUUAAAAAUAGCAAAG